GCCAGGGUGUAGGCGUGGAACUCGCCCUUACGACUUGCCCGGACUCGGGUUCGGCAGGUCAGUCUUCGCCAAGCACGGCUGUGAGGAUGGCGUUUCUUUUGCAGAGCGUGGUGGUGGCGCUGCUCCUGUGCUUCAGCUGCCUGGAAGCCAAUCCAAGAUCUCCCCAGGUGCAGGUGUAUUCCCGUCAUCCAGUGGAGAUUGGCAAACCAAAUAUCGUGAAUUGUUAUGUAGAUAAGUUCCACCCUCCCAAAAUCAACAUCACUCUGUUGAAGAAUGAUCAACCUCUUGAGAACAUGAAGAUGAGUGAUCUUUCCUUUGGCAGCGACUGGGCCUUCAACCGCCUUGCCUAUGCUGAAGUCACUCCAGAUGGGAAGACUGAAUUCAAGUGUAAAGUGGAGCACAGCACCCUACAGCAACCCAAAAUCGUCAAAUGGGACCAAGAGUAUUAACCAGUUUGACAGAAAAGGUGUGAAGGUUUUUGCUCUUUGAGAUGAUCUCCGCUUAUGUGAUCCUUAAGCAUUCUUCCUGUGCUGUUCCUGCUUACAAUUGAUUGAAGAGCUCAAGUGGGCAGUAUUUUAAGUGUAUGAAGACCCAUGCUUGCUGGGAGUUGCGUGGUACCUUGAGAUACCUGCUGGCAUUCACCUUGUAGAACCAUACCUGCUGGGAGUUGCAAGAUGCCGUGGGGUACUGGCUGACAUCCCGACUAACAGUGCGCCUGUGGAACGAACAAAGUUGCACUAGCAAAGAAGGCUAUGUCGCGGCAAACGAGGAUUUUCGGAGGGGUCUAUCUUUAAGAGCGGGGGAGGGUACCCUUACCCUUCCCACCGCUUUCCCCCACCAGUGUCCAUUUUUGUAAUUGAUUGUGGAUGUCAUUCUGAUUAAUUAUUACAAAAACGGAUGACGCCGGCGGGGAGGAGGCGUAAGUGCACCCUCCCCCGCUCUUAAAGCGACACCCUCACCGCCUUUAAGCCUCCCCACCGCGGUUCCAUGCACAUCCCUAUUGCCUUUGCAACAUCCUUGCCCAAGUGCACUUUUAGUCAGGAUGUCGGCCACUUGGUGUGAAAUGUUGAGGUGUAUUAAUUCGUAGCCUUCCAUUAGAGGCAGCAAAUUGAGAAUUGAACUGUAAAUCUGUGAGCGCUCCCAUGCUUCUUUCCACAUACAGAGAUUUGCAAUUCAGACAUUUAAAAAUGAUGUAAUCUUCUGUUGCUUUUGCCUUAAAUACAUUUAUUAAAAUCUGGAAGCUUGUUUGGAUCUCUCUUUUUUUUUAGACACUGGGGAGUAAACAGAAAAGCUGUAUGCACUUCACCCUUUUGGGGAUAUCUGAAAUUUAAAAUUGUAAUGAGAAACGUAACUUGUAUUCUCCUUGUAAGAAUAAAGUAAAUUUAUUAACUUUUUAA